GUUUUGUGCCUUCGCUCCGAUUCCGGGGUAGAAUUUGCAUUGUGUUUGUGCGAUGUUGUUCCUUUUAAAACACAAAAAUCAAUCUGUUUCUAGCGGUAAGCUUACCGAUCGAUCGAUCACCAGACACUGUUAGUACAGGGUGAGAAACGGACCCGUAAUGCAGCUCUCGAUCAGUGUCGCUCUGGCCAGUUGCCUGGCGUUGUGCAUUACCGUGAGUGGACAACUGAAACAUCCGAAGGUUUGUACGGAAAAUGGUUGUCUGCUUGGUGCGUCCAUGACGGACACGAAGAACCUCAAGUUUGACGCAUUCGUGGGCAUACCUUACGCGAAACCACCGGUUGGAAAGCUACGGUUUAAGAAACCUCAACCGAUUGAACCAUGGACGGAGGAGGACUACAAUGCAGUUGAAAGCAAGCCGGCCUGUCUGCAAAAGUCUUUCCUACUUCCCGAUCAACCAAUCGUUGGGGAUGAAGACUGCCUGUACUUGAACGUGUAUCGUCCAAAGCACAAUGCCACUGAACUCCUCCCCGUGAUGGUGUGGAUUCACGGUGGAGGUUACUUCUUCGGGUCGGCCGAUCCUCAGCUCUACGGACCUGAGCGUAUCUUGGCCACGAAAAAAGUUAUCCUCGUCACGAUCCAGUAUCGGUUGGGUGUGUUUGGAUUCCUCGCUACCGGAGACGCUCAGGCAACGGGCAACUACGGAAUGCUCGAUCAAGUGAUGGCACUCAAAUGGGUACAACGGAACAUCGGUUUCUUCGGUGGUGAUGCGCGGUCAGUGACGCUGUUCGGUGAAAGUGCUGGUGGGGCUUCCGUACAGCUUCACAUGAUCAGUCCACUGAGCAAGGGUUUGUUCCAGCGUGCGAUCAUUAUGAGUGGUAGCGCACUCGCCGUGUGGAGUUUACCCAUCGAGGAUCCGCUCGCACUGGCACGUCGGCAAGCGAAAUUGAUCGGAGUGUCCGAGGCGGAUGAGCUGACAACGGCCGAGCUUGUGGAUGUUCUUCAGUAUCUGGAUGCGAAAGUUCUUACCGCCAGUAUGCCGCAGCUGAGAAGUUGGUUCGAGCACCCGAUCGUGAUGUACCGGCCGACGAUUCAGGGCGCUACCGUACCGGAAGACGAACGCUUUUUACCCGACGACCCGAGGAAGUUGUGGGCCGAAGGUCGAUAUCAGGAUGUUCCUCUCCUGAUCGGAACGGUACCGAACGAGGGUGCCGUUGUAUCGCUUGCCAUACUACACAACGACACGAUUCGGAAGGAGUUUAAUGAUAAUCUGAAGGAGCUACUAGAACCGGUGUUAGCUGUUAAUGCUUCGUCGAUGGUUUUGGAACAACUUAAGAGUCGCUACUUCCCGGAUGCACCCGACAAUAGCUGGGUCAAUGCAGCCAAUGGAGAUCAAUUUACACAGAUGAUGUCCGAUGCCUUCAUUAAAUAUCCAACCAUAAAGACACUCCUGGAGUACACCAAUUCCAGUGGAACAGGCUGCCGCGAAACAACACUCUAUUCGUUUGAGUUCGUUGGACGCCACUCGUUCUCAUCGCUCUACAUACAAUCGAAUGCGAGCCAUGGUGUUUGCCAUCAGGACGAACUCCCGUAUCUGUUCCGCAUGAUCGAUCUCUUCCCGGACUUCCCACCCGAUUCACCGGAGACCGAAAUGUCCAGCGUGUGGACCGAUUUCCUCGUCAACUUUGCUGUUGAUGGAACAACGCAAGAUUCAGCCAAAUCGUGUGAAAAGACCAUCAAGAUGGUAAAGUUUGCAAAUGCCGAAUCAUCCGCAGAAGAUGGUGCUUCAUCAUCCUCACCUGUUUCGGUGUCGAGUGGAAGCGGAUUAAGUGCGGAACUCAAGCAGAUGCAUGACUUUUGGAAUACGAUUUACGAUGAUUCAUACAUUGCUUACCAUUAAUACGAACAUUCACAAUAAAACAGCAGUACUAAUUAUGUACUAAGGCCGAUUUUCAACGAUA